AUGAAUUCAGUUUGCGCAGCUCCACAAUGUGGUAAAGAAACAAAUUCAAUGUUGAAAUGCCCAGUUUGUUUGCAAGCGGGCAUUUCUAGUGUGUUUUGUGAUCAAAAUUGUUUUCGUUCCAGCUACUCCAUUCACAAGGCAAUUCAUAAAUCAGAUGACGGAGAAGAGACUUAUAUUCCAUUCCCCAAUUUUUCAUAUACUGGUGAUUUAAGACCUCAUUACCCAUUAAGUCCAAGAAGGUCCAUCCCUAAGCACAUUAAAUUACCCGACUAUGCUCAGCAUGGUAAACCCAUUAGUGAAAUCAAGAAUGAUCGUAUUGGUAAGAUACCGGUUUUGACACCAAAGGAGAUUACCAAAAUCCAAAAAGUUAGUAAAGUAGCCAGGGAAGUCUUGGAUAUUACUGCAAGUCAUAUCCAACCAGGAAUUACAACCGACGAGUUGGAUGAGAUUUUGCAUAGAGAAUGUGUCAAGAGAAAUGCGUAUCCAUCACCGUUGAAUUACUACAACUUUCCAAAAUCAUUGUGUACUUCGGUCAAUGAAGUGAUCUGCCACGGUAUUCCCGACAAAACAAAAUUGAAGGAUGGUGAUAUCAUCAACUUGGACGUAACGAUAUAUUACAUGGGGUUCCAUUCCGACUUGAAUGAAACUUAUUACGUUGGUGAUAAGGCUAAAAGUGACCCUGACACUGUUCGUUUGGUUGAGACUACUAGAGAAUGUCUCGACUUGGCCAUUCAGGCGGUCAAACCAGGUGUGGCAUUUAGAGAAUUAGGAAACAUUAUUGAAAAACAUGCCUCGGAAAACAAUUGUUCAGUUGUGCGAACUUAUUGUGGUCAUGGAUGCGGUACUUUGUUUCAUUGUCAACCAAACAUUCCUCAUUAUGCCAAGAACAAGGCCAUUGGAAUAAUCAAACCUGGUCAAGUUUUCACUAUUGAACCUAUGCUUAAUUUGGGUACCUACAAGGAUUGCACUUGGCCGGACAAAUGGACGUCAACUACUCAAGAUGGAAAGCGGUCAGCACAAUUUGAACAUAUGUUGUUGGUUACUGAAGACGGAGUAGAAGUUUUGACUGCCAGAAACGAAAAUUCACCGGGCGGACCAAUCCCAAGAAUUUAG